AUGAGUACAAAUACAACCAUACAGUACGACCUUCCAAGGCUCUUAAAAUGUUCUAUAGGUGUCGCGUUCACUCUUGGUAUACUUGUUGAAGGUUUGAUAAUAUUUGUUGCACUUAUCAGGUCUAAAAAGUACCUGGCUAGACCAACCCUCAUUUUUCUACUCAAUCUUGCUGCAGUUGAUUUGCUCACUGGGAUUUUUAUCGUCCCCCCACUCACUGUGACCGAAGUAUCUGCUCAUUCUAGAAUUUUUAACCGAUUCUUCUAUCUUUAUUGGUUAACCAUCGGUGGAUUACUAUUGAACGCUCGAAUACUCGCUCUUCUAUUCGUCGCGUUGGACAGAUAUCUUGCCAUCUGCCAUCCCAUCCGCUAUUCAAAUCUCCUCACCUUUUCAAGAGCUCGGCUGGGCUUGAUCCUUGCUUGGGGACUAGCCCUAGCUUUACUCCUGCCUCAAUUGGCGAUUUUCUCAACAGAACUUGUUGGAUUACCAAGAAAUGUGACUGAGGCGCCAAUACAGCCUUAUGACUGGUUCUACACUACCUCAUCCGCUUUGCGUGGAAUACUCGUCUUCAUGUUCUUCAUCCGAUUUGUGUUUCCAAUAACUGUAGCAUUUGUAAUUGAUGUUCUCGCACUUCGGAUAGUAAUCGAAUCAAGCUCUGGUUUCCGGCAGGGUGUACUACGAGUUAAAGAAUCGGAUGCUGAUAAGAAAAACGUUGAAAAACACAACAUGCGUCCAUAUAACUCGCAUCGCCUUAAAGCGAUUAGGAAUAAAGGGCCCAUCCUAAUGCGGAUUCAUCGUGGAAACUAUAUGACCGAAGGAACAAAAGAAUUAUUUGCACAACUACCGGGUACAAAUAGAUCACUUGGUCGAAGAACAGCCGUAUUGCCAAACCUUAGUCUUACAUCAACAACACAUUCCUCCGAAUCGGAUUCCAAAUCACUUUCUAAUAAUAACGCAGAAACAAUUCGACCCGAACCCCAAGGCGGUGAUAAGGAAAGAACGGCAGAAGCACCAGUACGGAAAGCCGUUAUAUCAUUCCCUGAUAGUGACAAGACUCUUGAAUGUGAAAGUGCAAAUCAGGAGUCCCAGUCUCAUAGGAGAAUAGCUUGGUGGCGAUCAUCACAAGCGGUAUCAAGAUUCAAAUUGCAUCGGAAGAAGCUAAAAGAUCUUGGAUCAUUGAUUCCCUUUACCAUUCUCCUUGCUGUGUUUGUUCUCUUUAGCCUUCCAUACCAGUGUCUACAUGUUCUCAAAGCUCUUUGGAGCAAGUUUUCACUACCCAGUGAAGUAAUCGCUCACCUCUACUGGUUAGCUUGCGCAAAUGCUCUUGUGAACCCUGUGAUAUUAACCUUCUGGUCUUCUGCUUGUCGAGCUAAGGUUUUGCAUCUUAUCACCUGUGGAAGAUUUCACCAUAAACAAGCUGCCAUUAAGAGGCUGAUCAUUGCCAGUUUUGGAACUGCCAAUCUUCCUUACGGACGUCAAGUGCAUCCCCAGAUGAACAGUGAAUAA